UCAACUAUGUGGGUGCAUGUAACGAUUUCCAGCCUGUUGCUGUUGGUGUGUCUGAGUGUGUCACUGGCCCAAACCGAUGGCCGCUAUCGUCCUGUCAAGGUGGCAGCAAAGGUCGAUGUGAAUGAUGGACGCUACCGGCCCGUAAAUGACGGACGCUAUAGGGGCGGUGGAGAUGGGCGUUACAGUGGAGGCAACGACGGUCGGUAUGUGCAUGUGGAUAAUAAAUACAAACACGACGAUCGUCCUGGCGGCGCCUAUUCAGGCGAAAGUGGCCGCUAUAAGGGUGAUAAAAACAGCGGCGGUAGCAGUGGCGCAGGCGGCGGCGCUGGUGGCAGUGCUAGUGGUGGCGCUAAUGGUCGUGCUAGUGGUGGCGGCGGUGGCGCCAGUAUCAAUAGUGGUCGUGCUGGUGCAGGUGCCGGCCUAACCACAUUGAAACCUCAACCACGACCCACAACCAGCCGUCCCAUAGACCUGACUGCUAAUCUACCCAAAGGCAAGGGCACUGGCGAGGGUGGCAACGGUUGGGCCAUCAUACGUUUGGAGGAUACAGUGAAAGAGGAUGGCUAUCAUUAUCUCUACGAAACUGAGAACGGCAUUCUGGCCGAGGAGAACGGGCGCGUUGAGAAACUAACAGAGGACGAUGGACUGCGCUCCAAGGGCUUCUACGAAUACACAGGAGACGAUGGCGUGCUCUAUCGUGUCGACUAUGUGGCAGAUGAUAAUGGUUUUGUGCCCAGUGGUGCACAUUUGCCCACACCACCACCAUAUGUGGCCAAAUUGUUGGCCUACCUGGAGGCCAAUGCGGCUAAAAAUAAGUAAUAGCCAUAAGCAUUACCCAAUUCAGUUUCAAUAAAAAGCUAAGGCAACAAGUC